GAAAGUUCAACCUAAUUAUUGUAACCACCCACUCACUUUAAUCAUAAAUGUGGAUAUACAACUAUAGAGAAUGUACCAACUACUCUUUAUCAUUGCUGGAUGCUCAUUGACUGUUCAGGCCACUCCAGGACUAGUGCUGCCAGUAGAGAGAACCACUGGACUAGGUUGUAUACCAGAGGGAAGCACUGUCAGUUACGAGUGCACUGUCAGUGAUACAUCAAAUCCUCUUAUUGCCUCUACAGUGUGGCAAGGGAGUGCAUUUACCUGUUCCUUGUCAGAGAUAAACUUACGUCAUUCUUCAUUUGAACCUAAUGGAGUGAGCGGCUUUUGUGGUGACCUGUCUGCCAUGAGUGUUGGGGUCAAUGGAAAUGAGUACACCUCAAGACUGACUUUGACAGCAACAACGGAGUUGAAUGGAAUGACUAUUAAUUGUACUCUAAGUUCAGUAGUAGACUUUGGAAGUGAUACAGUAAAAAUCGGAGCCUCUUCCUCUCCCCCUCAAGACGCCAUAGUGGAUAUUACUUCCACCUCAUCCCUAACUGUUAGUUGGACCCCACCCUUUAAUGCCAGCAAUGUGGGAGGAUACAUGUUCACAGUGACUGGAGAGGAUUGUGGAUGUGAGAGUAUUAUCAGUCCUAGUACUACCAGUGUGAGCUGUUCUGGAUGGACGGCCAAUGGUCAGACCUGCUCUUUUGAAGUGAGGACCAUCUCUCAAGAUUGUGGAUUCACCAGUUUGAUUCCUAUUACUACAAUUGUGACAUUGGCUGUUCCUGCAUCCACUAGUGGCCUCAAUGUGUCACCAGUGUAUCACUUGAAUGGGAGUGUCCAAUACAUUGAUGUGGCAUUCAUGGGUGUGAAUGCAAUAAUUAUCGGUGGUGGCAUCUCAGAUACAAUCAGCUACACAGUAAUGAUUGGAUCCCUGUCUUUCACUGGAGCUCAAUGUAACACUACAUGUACCCUCAAAGUGCCUGGCUCUCAGCUCACAGAGGAUGGACUGCUCAUUGUCAAUGUGGUAGCUUCUAAUGCUGUAGGCAGCGGAGACCCUGUUACCUUCCCAAUGCCAGUUCCUACCAACUUGCUUGGUCAGGUGAUUGUCAACGUAACAAUUAAUGUGGCCGACCGUGUUGUCUCUUGUCAACUACUGAACUCAUUUCCUGAAACCACCCUAUUUGUCUUCUUGAUCAUUUAUGGCCCCUCCCCAAACAAUUGUGAGAUGUACAUAACCAGCUCCAUGAUUGGAGUGGCUCGUCCUGGAAACACUAUAACACUAAAUCUAAUAGAAGACGUCACCUCAGGAACAGUAUACUGCUACACUGUGUCAGUGAGCUAUAGAUCAGAUGCUCUAAUCAUUGAUGGAACAUUUAGAUCAAGUAAACUGUCAGGAUCUUUGUACACUGCACACUGGCUUUCCUGACGAGUCUUUUUCUUACGGCGGUAGCUAAAGAAACAGCCAAUACCAAAAACAACAGUGAACAGAGCUCCAAGGACGACAAUAACAACAAUCACGAUGACAGCAACAAGCCAUGCGACUGGAACUACAGAAGAGAGAUUGGGUCAAAGAACUAUGCAUAUACCGACACAUAUUUUACAUAC